AUGCUUGGCCAUGGGGAUGAUGAUGAUGCCAUACCGCGAUUGCCCAAUGACACCAACGCAGAGGUGUUGCCAGCAAAGCGGGAGAAGACUGCCCAAGCAGACAGGGUUGAGGAGGAGAAAAAGAUAAGCAAGCGGAAGAAGCGGAAGCUGGAGCAAAUUGCCCAAAAGAAGGCCAACAAGGAAGUGAGGACCGAGGUUUUGGAGCAGCUCAAGGCAGUGAAAUUGACAGCCGAGCAAGCCGAGCUUCUGAAAGCAUCUCAGAGUACGAGGCUUUCCAAGCGGGAGCAGCGGGCUAUGGCGCAGCGGCGAGCGCAAUUGGGCGUUCCCUUGACGUCAGGCAUGAAGGAGGCUUUGCGGCCGCGCCCCAGGCAAGCCAAGCGCCCCCUGCAGGCGCCCAGCGAGGAAGAGGAUGAGGACGAGGAACAAGAACAGACGGCGCCAGCGCCUGCCCCAAUCGCUGAACAACCAGGCGAUAGUGCUCCCUCGACACCUCAGGCUAGCGCCCCGCGCAAGACAAAGACGCUACCCCCUGCUGCCCCGCCAAAGCCAGCGGCACAACUUACAGCACAACCUCUGCUUCGAGUCAAUGUGGAGCGUGCCGCCGACAUCGAGGAGCAGCGCUCCAAGCUACCAGCUGUGAUGAUGGAGCAAGAGUUUGUGGAAAUGGUGCUGGGCAACGACGUGAUGUUGGUGUGCGGAGACACGGGCUGUGGCAAGUCAACCCAGGUUCCACAGUUUCUCUACGAGUGUGGCUUCUGCAACGGCCAGCAGCAUCUCAUCGGGGUGACCCAGCCUCGGCGUGUUGCUGCUGUCUCGGUCUCACAGAGGGUGGGGCAAGAGCUCAACGAUACCAGGAAGGUUGGCUACCAGGUCCGAUACGACAGCAGCCACUGCACAAAGGACAUGCGCAUCAAGUUCAUGACAGAUGGCAUCCUCUUGCGGGAGGUUCAGGCAGACUUCCUUUGCCGAAAGUACACCGCAAUUGUGAUCGAUGAGGCCCACGAAAGGGGAGUGAACUGCGACAUUUUGAUUGGGCUUCUUUCGCGAGCCGUCCAGCAGAGGCGAAAAGCCUAUGAGGAGGCUAGACGGAGCGGCAGUUCUGAGCAGCCGCCGCCCUUGAAGUUGGUGAUCAUGUCGGCCACGCUUCGCCUGUGCGACUUCACUGAGAAUCAGCAGCUCUUCCCAGUGCCGCCGCCCGUCUUGCGCAUCGAUGCUCGCAUGUUUCCUGUGACGGUGCACUUCGCUCGACGCACGGAGGAGGACUACAUCAAGGCUGCGCAUCGAUCAGUAUUGCAGAUUCAUAAGGAUUUGCCUCCGGGGAGCAUUCUUGUCUUUGUGACCGGACGUCAGGAGGUCCACCGCCUCUGCCGGAUGCUUCAGAGGACGCAGGCGAUGACCUCGCGUGGCAAGGCCAUGGAGGAAGCCGAAGCGGAAGCCGAUGAGGAGGCCGCAGUUCUGGAGCUGGAGGCGUCAGACGAUGAAGCAAAUAUUUCAGAGCCAGAGCAACCUUCGCACGAGGCCAAAACUGCUGAAAACAAGGCAGCAGCUGAGACUGCGGACAAAGUCCCGGGCGACGCGGACGAAAGUGCAGCUGAAGCUGUGAAGAGGCCAAAGAAGAAGGCAAAGGGUAGAAAGAAGCAAGCUGAGUUUGAGCCCAAGGCCGAGGCAAAGGCAAAUGCCGAGACCGGCCGUCGCAAGCGCAAGGGCUCGAAGAGCGCGUCGUCCAAGAAGGCGAAACCAGAGGAGCAGGGCGAAGAGCCGGAGGCUGCUGACGAGAUGCCGGGGCUCUCCUUCGCGCUGGGCGAGGAGGACGUCGUUGUCAUGGAAGCCGAGGAUGUCAAGGACCAGGAGCUCAAGAACCAGAGGAAGGUGAGAAUGUCGAGGCUGGACAAGACGAGGACUGCUGGGGGCGUCUUCAAAGGCAUCGGCUUUGCGGAGGGGCCCAUGCGAGUCUUGCCCUUGUACGCCCAGCUUUCUUCCUCGCAGCAGUUGGUGCCCUUCAGAGAUCCUCCUGAAACCGAGCGCGUGGUGGUUAUCUCAACCAACGUGGCGGAAACAUCGGUCACGUUGCCAAACGUGCGCUAUGUGGUGGACUGUGGUCGCGAGAAGCGUCGCCGGUACAAAGCAUCCUCUGGGGUGUCUGCCUUCGCCGUUGACAGGAUUUCGAAGGCUUCGGCAGACCAGCGAGCCGGCCGAGCUGGCCGUUUGGGCCCUGGCCACUCGUACCGCUUGUACUCGUCCGCGGCAUUCGAGAACUACUUCCCUAAGUUUGCGCCCCUGCAAAUGCUGCACACGCCGAUGGAUCCUGUCCUGUUGCUGCUGGCCUUUCUGGGCGUGCCGCGUUUGGACGUUUUCCCUUGGCCCACGCCGCCGCCGGCCGAGUCUGUGGCCGCAGCGAUCCGACGGCUGCGCGCCAUUGGCGCCAUCGAGGAUGACGGCACCAACACCGAGGGUUCGCGGGCGCACGCGGCGGUGGUCAGGUGCACCACACUGGGCUACCGCUUGGCAGCGUUGCCAGUUGCGCCCCGGUACGCACGGAUGCUGCUGGCCGCGAUCGGCAAGGAAGAGCCCAUCAUAGGCCACGCCUGUGCGCUGGUGGCAGCCCUCUCUGUUGGCAAUUUGACCAGCUGGGAGUCCGUGCAGGAGAUAGAGGAUACAAGUGCUGGCGGUUUGGAGAGCGAGCUCGUGCGAGCUCAGAAGGAGGCACAGAGGCGACUAGAUGAGGCGACCAAGAAAGAUGCUCCAAAGUGGAGUCAGCUUCGGGACGAUGCCGAGGGCCUGCUGUGGCUCAUGGGCGGCUACGCGUGGGCUGCGCAGGGCGGUCAGGCGGAACCCUUCUGCCAGAAGAACAAAAUCAAUCCGCGACAGAUGGCAGAGGCGCACAGCUUGAUGCAGCAGCUGGCAGAGCUUUUGAAGCGCAGGCUGUCCUUGUCCAGCCUCGAGCUUCCGCUGCUGCCGCGCCCGCCCACACUGAAGCAGGCGCGCGCGAGUGCGUCGCGGAGGGCCUGCUGGACCGCGUGGCGGUGGCCUGUCCGGACCUAG